CCGCGGGAGCCGUUGGGACACGCCUAGCCGGCCGCUGCCCCGCCCCGGCGCAGACUGCGUGAGGCGCCACCGGAGGCGCGGGGCUUGCCGGGGAUCGUGGUCGGCGAGCGCGUCCGAGCCCACUAGCCGAGCCCGCCCGGGACUACAUUUCCCACAAUCACCGCCAGGAUGCCCAUUGGUGGGGGAAGCCAUGGGAACCAGAGGCCGUCAGUGGGAGAGGCGGGCGGCGCUCACGCCUGGCCUGAGGGGGCCGAGACUGAGGCGGUGGCGGAACGGGGCUGCUGGCCCCGCCCUGAGUCCCUACCCUUUGGAGGACUGCGCUUCUCCUUCGGAGGGAGUGUUCGCCGCCGCCGCCGCCGCCGCGGCCGCCACUUGGAGUUUCGUCAGACUCCAGAUUUCCCUGUCAACCACGAGGAGUCCAGAGAGGAAACGCGGAGCGGAGACAACAGUAUCCCACGCCUCUUGCAGCCCGGAUCACCCCAGCAGGGAUGGGCGACAAGACCUGGCUGCCCUUCCCCGUGCUCCUUUUGGCCGCUCUGCCUCCGGUGCUGCUGCCUGGGGCGGCCGGCUUCACACCUUCCCUCGACAGCGACUUCACCUUUACCCUUCCCGCCGGCCAGAAGGAGUGCUUCUAUCAGCCCAUGCCCCUGAAGGCCUCGCUGGAGAUCGAGUACCAAGUUUUAGAUGGAGCAGGAUUAGAUAUUGAUUUCCAUCUUGCCUCUCCAGAAGGCAAAACCUUAGUUUUUGAACAAAGAAAAUCAGAUGGAGUUCACACUGUAGAGACUGAAGUUGGUGAUUACAUGUUCUGCUUUGACAAUACAUUCAGCACCAUUUCUGAGAAGGUGAUUUUCUUUGAAUUAAUCCUGGAUAAUAUGGGAGAACAGGCACAAGAACAAGAAGAUUGGAAGAAAUACAUUACUGGCACAGAUAUGUUGGAUAUGAAACUGGAAGACAUCCUGGAAUCCAUCAACAGCAUCAAGUCCAGACUAAGCAAAAGUGGGCACAUACAAACCCUGCUUAGAGCAUUUGAAGCUCGUGAUCGAAACAUACAAGAAAGCAACUUUGAUAGAGUCAAUUUCUGGUCUAUGGUUAAUUUAGUGGUCAUGGUGGUGGUGUCAGCCAUUCAAGUUUAUAUGCUGAAGAGUCUAUUUGAAGAUAAGAGGAAAAGUAGAACUUAAAACUCCAAACUAGAGUACUUAACAUUGAAAAAUGAGGCAUAAGAAUGCAAUAAACUGUUACAGUCAAGACCAUUAAUGGUCUUCUCCAAAAUAUUUUGAGAUAUAAGUGUGAAACAGGUAUUAUUUUAAUGUGAAAAUUAAGCCUUCACUUUCUGUGCAAGUAAUCCUGCUGAUCCAGUUGUACUUAAGUGUGUAACAGGAAUAUUUUGCAGAAUAUAGGUUUAACUGAAUGAAGCCAUAUUAAUAACUGCAUUUUCCUAACUUUGAAAAAUUUUGCAAAUGUCUUAGGUGACUUAAAUAAAUGAGUAUUAGGCCUAAUUGCAACACCAGUCUGUUUUUAACAGGUUCUCUUACCCAGAACUUUUUUUGUAAAUGUAGCAGUUACAAAUUAACUGUGGAAGUUUUCAGUUUUAAGUUAUAAAUCACCUGAGAAUUACCUAAUUAUGGAUUGAAUAAAUCUUUAGACUACAAAAGCCCAACUUUUCUCUAUUUACAUAUGCAUCUCUCCUACAAUGUAAAUAGAAUAAUAGCUUUGAAAUACAAUUAGGCUUUUGAGAUUUUUAUAACCAAAUAUAUUUCAGUGUAACAUAUUAGCAGAAAGUAUUAGUCUUUGUACUUAGCUUACGUUCCCAAAAGCUGACAUUUUCACGAUUCUUAAAAACACAAAGUUAUAUUUAUUAAAAUUAGGACAUGUUUUCUCUUUGAAAUGAAGAAUAUAGUUUAAAAGCUUCCUCCUCCAUAGGGACACAUUCUCUCUAACCCUUAAAGUGCAGGAUUUAAAAAUUAAAUGUGAGGUAAAGUAAGUUUAUUUUUAAUAUUAUCUGUCUACAGUUAAUAUCUGUCAACAAUUAAUAAUCAUGUUAUGUUAAUUUUAACAUUGCUGACUUGGGUAAUUCAUUAUUACCAGCAGUUGUGAAAGAAAUAUUGCUAAAAUGAUCUGGGCCUACCAUAAAUAAAUAGCUCCUUUUCUGAGUUCUAAGAAUUAUCAGAGACAAGAAAGAAUUUAGAAAAACUUGAGGACACCGAAUCCAAAAUAAAAUUCACUUAAGUAGAACUAUAAAUAAAUAUCUAGAAUCUGAUUGGCUCAUCAUGACAUCCUACUCAUAAAUCAAAGGAGAUUAAUUUCCAGUUAACUGGAAGAAAUUAUUUGGCUGUAGGCUUUUAUUUUCAACAAGAAUUCUGGUUUGAAUUAUUGUUUGUAAGCAGGUACAUUUUAUAAAAUGUAAGCCCUACUGUAAGAUUUAGCACUGGGUGUACAUAUUUAUUAAAAAUUUUUAUUAUAACUUUUAUAAAAUGGCCUUUCUGAACACUUUAUUUAUUGACGUUGAAGUAAGGAUUGGAAACAUAGACUCCCAAGUUUUAAACACCUAAAUGUGAAUAAUCCAUAUAUACAAUAAAGUCUCUGCCAUCUAGUUUUUUGAAGUCUAUGGGGAUCUUACUCAAGUACUAAUAAUUUAACUUCAUCAUGAAUGAACUAUAAUUUUUAAGUUAUGCCCACUUAUAACAUUGUUUAUGACUACAUUGUGAGUUAGAAACAAUCAAACAAAAUUUGGGGUAUAGAACCCCUCAACAGGUUAGUAAUGCUGGAAUUCUUGAUAAGCAAUAAUGAUAACCAGAGACAGUGAUUUCAUUUGCACUCAGAGUAGUAUAAAAGGAGAUACAUUUCCCUCCUUAGGCCCCUGGGAGAAGAGCAGCUUAGAUUUCCCUACAUGCAAGCUUUUUAAAAAUGAGGUAAAUGCCAUAUAUGAUCAAUUACCUUAAUUGGCCAAGAAAAUGCUUCAAGUGUCUAGGGGUAUCCUCUGCAACACCUGCAGAACAAAGGUCAAUAAGAUCCUUGCCUAUGAAUAGCCCUGCCUUUUGCCCUGUUAAAUUUGUAAUGAGAAGCAAAUUUACAGUACCAUAAUAAAGCAGGGUACAUAUAUAAACUACUGCAUCUUUUCUAUAAAACUGUGAUUAAGAAUUCUACCUCUCCUGUAUGGCUGUUACUGUACUGUACUCUCUGACUCCUUACCUAACAAUGAAUUUGUUACAUAAUCUUCUACAUAUAUGAUUUGUGCCACUGAUCUCAAACCUAUGAUUCAGUAACUUCUUACUAUAUAAAAAUGAUAAUGGCUUUAUUUGGAGAAGAAUUUAGGAAUAUUUAGGACAAUUACUUUUACAGACAAAGUAAAAAGACUGAGAUAUUUAAGAGGCAUAACCAAAAAAGCAAAAUUUGUAAACAGAGUAAAAAUCUUUAAUAUUUCUAAAGACAUACUGUUUAUCUGCUUCAUAUGCUUUUUUUAAUUUCACUAUUCCAUUUCCAAAUUAAAGUUAUGCUAAAUUGAGUAAGCUGUUUAUCACCUAACCGCUCAUUUUGUCUUUUUCAAUAUACAAAUUUUUAAAAUACUACAAUAUUUAACUAAGGCCCAACCGAUUUCCAUAGUGUAAGCAGUUACCAUGUUCACCUCACACUAAGGCCUAGAGUUUGCUCUGAUAUGCAUUUGGAUGAUUAAUGUUGUGCUGUUCUUUCAUGUGAAUGUCAAGACAUGGAGGGUGUUUGUAAUUUUAUGGUAAAAUUAAUCCUUCUUAAACAUAAUGGUGUCUUAAAAUUGACAAAAAGUGAGCACUUACAAUUGUAUGUCUCCUCAAAUGAAAAUUCUUUAUCUGAAAUUUUAAAAGAAAUUGAUUCAGCAUGUAAGGAUUUUUCAUCUGAAGUAUAAUAAUGCACAGUGUUGCUCAAACUGCUUUAUACUUGUAAACAGCCAUCUUAAAUAAGCAAUGUAUUGUGAGUACUGAUCUGUAUAUAAUAAAAAUUAUCAAAGAAAAUGACCAGUCAUUUGUAAAU